AACACUUUUCUUGUCUCAGAUUUCUCCACUUCCCAGGAUGGCCAGCCCAAGGCUUCAAAUAGUACACCCUUGUAAACAAGCCCCCUUCCAUGUGGACUAGGCGGUCCCUGCAAUCAGGUGGGCAGAAUGGAGCUGCCCCAGUAAGUUCCAGCCGGUAUCUGCAGGGCAAGAGUUUUUCUCCCUGAUAAUAUUGUUUUGGGCGGUGCUUCCACCCACUUGCCUUUCUCUGACCUGAACCGGCUUUCGGCUCUUAAAAAGGCAGGAUGUCUUGGGUCUGCUCAGUUCCUGCUCUGCUGGGGUCAAAGGCUUUGCCAAGGAGGGAAGAGGUGUGCUGAAGGUUUGCCCAGGCUCAGGAUGUCCAAAGCAAGUGCCCUGGGUGCAAGCGACGGUUGUCCAGCUGAAAGGAAAGACGGCCUGACUCUGCAAGCCGAGGGGACCGGCAACAGCAAUGGAGGAGAGCAGGAGCCCCCCAGCAGAACUUCUGUGGUCAUCUGCCAAGCAGUUGGGAGAAGUAUCUUCACCUCCAGCAUCUCACCAGCAGCAGAGAGAGUGAGCCUUAUGCUGAAACAGGAGGAGGAGGAGGAGGAGGUGGAGGAGAAUGAAGGCACAAAUUGCCCAGUGCUAUUUAUACAGCUGUCUGAGCUCUUCAGCACCCCUGAAGGACUGGAAUGGAGGCAAACCGCCAGGUGGAUAAAGUUUGAAGAGAAAGUGGAAGAUGGAGGAGAACGCUGGAGCAAGCCUCACGUGACAACUCUCUCCCUUCACAGCCUGUUUGAGCUACGGACAUGUAUAAAGAGAGGAGCUGUCCUGCUGGAUUUGGAAGUUCGCAAUUUUAAGCAAAUACUUGAAAAGGUGAUUGAAACCCAAAUAGAGAACCAUGCCCUCAGGCCAGAGCUCUCAAAGAAGCUCAUGUAUGUCCUGCUCCUCAAGCCUCAGCACCACAUCACCAAAUCUCAGCUGAGGAUGCUGGUGGAGAUGGGUGUGGCCUCCUGCUCCGACAAAGCUAACAGCCGCUCAGAUCUAGUGGGUGAGGUCUCAGAGGUGCCCCUAAAGGAACAGCUUAAUAAUCACUUUAAGAAGAAGAUUCCAGCUGGGACUGAAGUGGCCAACAUUCUUGUAGGAGAAGCCAGCUUCCUGGAGAAACCUUUUGUUGCUUUUGUGCGUCUGCAGGAACCAGUGCUUCUUGGGGGCUUAGCAGAAGUUGCUUUCCCCAGCAGGUUCCUCUUUAUCCUCCUGGGCCCCAGAGCCAAAGUGAAGGCCUACCAUGAAAUCGGCAGGGCUGUGGCUACUCUCCUGACGGAUGAGCUUUUCCAGAGGGUUGCCCGAAAAGCAAGAGACGCAGAAGAUCUCACUGCAGGAAUUGAUGAGUUUCUGGAUGAACUGACUGUCCUUCCCCCGGGCAAAUGGGACCCAACCACUCGAAUUGCCCCCCCAAAAUGCUUGCCUUCACCACAGAAGAGGAUCGCCCUGCACUUCCGCGAGUGGAAUCCUCACGCGAGUGGGCACUUGUCUGCUGCGGACGAGCGUCAUGCCCAUGGGCAUCAGCACGCCAGUGAGGAGCUGAAGAGGACCGGAAGACUAUUUGGAGGGUUGCUGAAGGAUAUCCAGAGAAAAGCUCGCUGGUACUGCAGCGAUUUCUAUGAUGCCCUCAACAUCCAGUGCCUUUCAGCCAUCCUGUACAUCUACCUGGCCACAGUCACCAACGCCAUCACCUUUGGAGGGAUGUUGGGAGAUGCGACAGACAACAUGCAGGGCGUGCUGGAGAGUUUCCUGGGAACUGCUUUUGCUGGAGCCUUUUUCUGCCUGUUUGCUGGCCAGCCGCUCACCAUCCUAAGCAGCACUGGGCCUGUCCUGGUCUUUGAGCGGCUUCUUUUCUCCUUCAGCAAAGACUACAGCUUGGAUUACUUAGAAUUCCGCCUCUGGAUCGGCCUCUGGGUGGCCUUCUUUGGCCUCAUACUGGUGGCUACCGAAGCCAGUUACUUGGUGCAGUAUUUCACACGCUUCACCGAAGAAGGCUUCUGUGCCCUCAUCAGCUUCAUUUUCAUCUACGAUGCUGUUAAGAAGAUGCUGUCUCUGGUGGAACACUACCCGGUGAACUGGGACUACAAGAUCAGUGAUGUCACCUUGUACAGCUGCACCUGCCGGGUGCCAGAGAGAGACAACUCUUCUCUUCUAAACGAGACACUGUUCCCGACCUUCAGCAGUUUGGGAGAGCAGCCGGAGUUUGGGAACUGGUCCCUGCUGACCAAGAAAGAGUGUGUACAACUUGGAGGCCACCUAGUGGGCAACAGCUGCAACUUCGUGCCUGACAUUACCUUCAUGUCUUACAUUCUGUUCCUGGGAACAUUUCUCUGCUCUAUGGCCUUAAAGAACUUCAAGUCCAGCCGCUAUUUCCCAGCAGCUCUGAGGAGGCUGGUGGGCGACUUCUCCAUCAUCCUGGCUAUCCUCAUAUUCUGUGGAAUCGAUGCUGCCCUUGGACUGGAUACUCCGAAGCUCAUUGUGCCCAACACAUUCAAGCCUACAAACCCUGAGAGAGGCUGGGUUGUGUUUCCGUUUGGAGCAAACUCCUGGUGGAUAUGCUUGGCAUCGUCAGUGCCUGCCAUUCUGGUCAUUAUCCUCAUCUUCAUGGACCAGCAAAUAACAGCUGUCAUUCUCAACCGCAAGGAGUAUAAGCUUCAGAAAGGGGCAGGAUUUCACCUGGAUUUCUUCUGUGUUUCCCUGCUGAUGAUCUUUACCUCCAUACUGGGUUUGCCCUGGUAUGUGUCGGCCACAGUCAUUUCUUUGGCCCACAUGGACAGCCUUAAGAAGGAGAGCACCACUUGCGCUCCAGGGGAGCAGCCAAAGUUCCUUGGAAUCAGGGAGCAAAGGGUGACAGGUCUGAUGGUCUUCAUCCUAACAGGAUUGUCUGUGUUUUUGGCACCUGUACUCAAGUUUAUCCCAAUGCCUGUGCUGUAUGGCAUCUUCCUCUACAUGGGUGUGUCUGCACUCAGCAGCAUUCAGCUCACAGACAGACUCCAGCUCUUGCUCAUGCCUGCCAAACACCAGCCGGACUUCAUUUACCUCCGUCAUGUUCCUCUACGCCAAGUGCAUCUCUUCACCUUCAUCCAGGUGCUCUGCCUGGCUGUUUUGUGGAUCAUUAAAUCGACGGCAGCUGCCAUAAUCUUCCCAUUAAUGCUGCUGGCUCUAGUGGGUAUACGGAAGGGAAUGGAGUACAUCUUCUCCUUACAUCACCUGGCUUGGCUGGAUGACAUCAUGCCAGAAAAGGAGAGGAAGGAAGAAGAAGAAAAGCUGAAGAGGAAGCAAGAUCAGGACGAGAGUGACAAUGAGGAUUCUGAACUUAUGUACCAAGAAAAAGGACCAGAAAUCAACAUCUCUGUGAACUGAACAGACUGAGACUCACCAGCGGAAAAGGCAAAAGAUGACCAUGUGUGAUAUACAACCCCAUAAGCUGUUUCCUGUAAGCAGUUUCAGAGGAAGGAGACAGCCUGCACUUAGAAGACCAUCUCUGAUACUCUGCAGAAUAUGGCUGAUGUGUGAUGGGUCUCAGAGGAAGAGGAAAGCAAAGCAUUUGAUAUAAUUAAAGUAUAAGGCGGGGGGGGGGAUGCAUAGGCAAUCUUUCUGUCCAUCGCUCUCACAUGCAUGUUGCUGUUCUGAACAGACCAUAUUGGAAUGUUCCUUGUUCCACUUUGCUACCAUGUCAUCUAGAAAGUCAGCAUGUGUGAAUUCACUAGGGAUGGAAGGUUCUCUCAGUUUCUCAUUUUUCUAAGCUUAAAUUUGCAUUUUAAAAAUCCUCAGGAAAAUUCACCAGAAUUUUACAGCAGUGUGAAUUUCUUUUCAAACACAUUUUUAUGCAGUUUUGACUAGUGUACACAUUUUUGCAAGCAGUCCCUGCUGAUAUAAUGCAUUUUAUAUGUUAUUUUCACUAAUACAUACAUUUUUAUACACAAUUUCUCCUAUUGUAUACCUUUUGAUAAACACAGUUUGUAAAAUUUGGAUAAGUGCGAAUUCCAAAGGAUAGCUGUUUCAGUUCAUGUAUUGUUUCAAGAAGUGUGAAAUCGUUAUAUUUGCCUUUAAAUAUGAACUGGAUUGCAUCCUUUCCCCAAUCCCCAGGCAUCACUGAUGUAUUUAUUUAUGAAACUAUUGACAUUCCUGUGCAACUUACGCUUCAUUUUAAAGGCUCUCUAGUUAUGCUAAAUAAAAUAUACUAAAAAGGUCA